UUGAGGUGCGGUUCCCGUGGCCUCCCCUCUGCUCCUCUCGCUGCCGGUGGUGUCGGGGGGGGGUUCCCGUUCAGGCACUGCCGGGCAGGGGCCGGGUGAGAUUUUUUUGUUAUUUGUUUUCUUUUGUACCAGUGUUAGGGGCAGCGGGGGCACGGGGCAGGGCCGGGCACCCUCGGGGGCUCCUCCUCUGCCCUCGGCCUCGCUGAGGUGACUCCGCGGGUUUUCGAUCAGAGCUCAGGAACCCGGGACUCCCCUGCCAGCGCCCCCAGGCCCAGGGAGAGGCCCUGCCCCGGGCUGGCAGGGGGGUGUCUGGGGGGCUCCGGCCCCGGCCCUGUCGCACACGCACACUGCCCCGGGCUCACCCUGCAGCCCUGCAGAUAAUCACCUCCCUCCUCCUCCUCUUGUUGCUUUUACAAUCUUCUCUUCAGCCCUGGGGGGGGGUCUGGGGGCUUCUCCCCCUCCCUGGGCCCAGCUCGGUGCCCCCAGCCAGCUCCCUGCCCUCUCUUGCUGCUACUUCUCCUUCUCCUUCCCCUCGCAGCCGGGCUGGCUGGGGGCCGGGGAGAGGCGAGGGGGGGCUCCCGGCCGCGGCUCCCAGCCCUCCCGGGGGGCUGCCCCAUGCCCGGGCCGAGGCCGUGGCCCCGUUGGCUCCCCACGAACAAUCAGGGGCUGCCCGGGGCCGAGCCCCUCACCCAGCUGGCUGGGAGCGGCCGCCCGGGCUGGGGGGCCGUGGCAGCCCUCGGGGGGCUCCAGGGGGGCUCCCGGCUGCCCCCUGCCCUCCCUCUCGCUGCUGAGCAGUGCUGCCCCUCACCUCUCCUCUCACCUCCCCUCCCUGGGCUGAGCCCACGGCACCGCUGGGCCCCGCGGGGCUGGAGCUGGAAAUGUCUUUUAACAAAAAUAAAAAGAGAAAAAAGCCCCCCGGGGCUGGGGGCCGCAGCUCUGCUGUGCCCCCCAGCUCUGGGGGCGAUGCCCGGGCCCUGUCAGGACCAGGCAGGCACCUCCCGGGGGGGUGAGGGCUGUGGGGGGGCUCCAGCCCUGCCCUCCCCGCCCGGGAGGUGCGAAGCAAUCCCCCCCCCAAUUUCCUGGGUUGUUUUGGGCUUCGUUUCCCUGGGGAAGUCUCAAACCAGCAAAGCUGCUGCUGGCAGCGGGGGGAGCACGGCCCCUCCCCGUGCUGGGGCUGGGGGCUGGGGGCUGGCGCCUCCUCAGCUUUGUGUGGAGCUGCUGCAGCCCCGGGGCGGGGGUAGCGAGGGGCUGGCAGGGACGGGACCACAGCUCCCCCCCCCCCCCCAAAACCCACCUGGGACCUGGAGCCGUGCUGGGACCACGGGAGGGGGGCGGCUCCUCCAUUUCUCACCACCGCUUUCUUCUCCCCUCCUGCCCCCCCCCCCUUUUUUUUUUCCCCCCUCUCCUCCUUGUCUUCCUUGUACAUGUUUGGGGUUUUUGUGUGUGUUCCACAGCGUCAGACACGGUUCAAUAAACCAGAAACCUCUCCCAGCUCCGUGCCCUUUGUCCCCCGCGCCCUCUCGGUGCCCCUCCCGCCGCUCCCCCCAUGCCCCCCGGCACUGAACUGCCUCAGAAAGUAAGAAAGUUUAUUUAGCAACAAAUCAAAAGCUGGACUCAUAAUUUACCAUAAGUUAUUAAUCGCAAGGGGCAGCGCGCCGGGCUGGCCACUGCCCUAAUAAAUAGGAUCCGGA